GUUGUUGUUAUGUUUCUUAACAGCUGAGGGCGCUGUCAAGCGAUAAAAACUAGUGACAUAAAUGCUUUGUGUUAGAUAAAACGCUCAAAAAUCUAAAUUCUUUGUCAUUACAACGCCGAAUAUGGAGAAUUCCGAUGCAAUUGAGGUGAAGACCAAAAGCGGAUCGAUUUUGGGAAAACAAUGCACUGGAAUAUAUGGAGAUGACUACAUAAGUUUCGAGCGUAUACCAUAUGCUAAGCCUCCAGUGGGAGAACUGCGAUUUAAGGCACCUGUUCCGCUCCCGAGUUGGUCCGGGACGGGGCCAUUGGAUUGCCGUAAGAAGGGAGAGAAACCGUUGCAAUUUAAUCAAUAUGCCCAACAGCUGGAAGGUGUAGAGGAUUGUCUCUAUUUAAAUGUCUACACCAAAAAGCUCAAUUCGCCGCAGCCUUUGCCACUGAUAGUAUUCUUUUUCGGAGGUGGAUUUGAGAAAGGUGAUCCCACCACAGAUCUACAUAGUCCAGAUUACUUUAUGAAGCGCGAUGUGGUCAUAGCAACAGUUUCCUAUCGCGUUGGCCCUUUAGGUUUCCUUAGCCUAAGGGAUUCCAAGGCUGGAGUUCCGGGCAAUGCUGGACUAAAGGAUCAGUUGUUGGCCAUGCAGUGGAUAACCACAAAUGCCGCCAGCUUCAAUGCCGAUGCCAAUAAUGUGACUGCUUUUGGGGAGAGCGCUGGCGCGGCUUCAGCUCAUUAUUUGAUGCUCAAUCCCAAAGCAGAAGGUCUGUUUCACAAGGCCAUAUUGCAAUCGGGCAAUGUUCUCUGCUCCUGGGCGUUGUGUCCCAUAACGGAUUUACCUCAUCGCCUGGCCGCUGUCCUGGGCAUGGAGGCUCCGGAUAAAGCCAGUGAUAUUGCCGUUCUUCAGUAUUUGCAAGGUGUUCCAGGGGAUCAGCUGGUCAAGCCGUAUUUGCUAAGUCAGUCGGAACAUUUGGAUGAUUGUGUCUUUCAAUUUGGUCCCAUGGUUGAGCCCUACAUGAGUGAACAUUGUGUGUUGCCCAAGCAACCCUAUGAAUUGCUGGCCAACGCCUGGGGUAAUAAGAUUCCAGUAAUGAUGAGUGGUACAUCCUAUGAAGGCCUCCUAAUGUAUGCUCGUGUCCAAAUGGCUCCUUAUCUGCUGACAAGCUUGAAGGAUCAACCGGAGCAUAUGUUGCCCUUGGAAGUGAAGCAAUCAUUGCCUCUGAAAUAUGCACGUGAUAUGGCUAGACGCUUGCAGGAGACACAUUUUGGUGAACUGCCCAUAGCUGUGUCGCCGGAGUCAGUGAAGGCCUACUGUGAGUAUGCCAGCUACAAGGUCUUCUGGCAUCCCAUUCUAAGGACUCUACGAUCUCGCCUUCGUUCUGCCACAGCUCCUACAUAUCUGUAUCGCUUCGAUUUCGAUUCACCGACCUUCAAUCAUCAGCGUCUAAAGUAUUGUGGCACUAAACUACGUGGGGUCGCCCAUGUGGAUGAUCAUUCUUAUCUAUGGUAUGGUAGCUUUUCCUGGAAACUUGAUAGGAAUACACCUGAAUAUAUGACCAUAGAGCGUAUGAUUGAUAUUAUCACCACGUUCGCUGCCACUUCGAAUCCAAAUUGUCCUAGUGUGCAAAAUGAAUUGCUAAAACAUCAAAAAUGGCAACCCCUAGAGGAUAAACCCAGUUUAAUGUGCUUAAAUAUAUCGGAUAAUAUUAAAUUAAUGGAAUUACCGGAACUAAAAAAGCUUGCAGUCUGGGAAACUGUUUGCAAAUUGACCACAAAGUGAUCAAGUUAUCAAUGUGAUCAAACUUACUGUACGAAAAUAAAUUUGUAUAAGAAUUUUAA